AUGUAUAAGCUGGGGUUUAGUCGCCAAGAAUACCAAAAAUCUCAGUACUUUGAUGGGCACGAGCGGCCUGAUGUGGUUUUAUCUAGAAAGAAAUAUGUCGACGAUUACCUCCUUCUUCGACAACGAUCUCGCAAAUACGGAGGUGAAAAUUUUGAAAUCUCAACAGAGAUUGAUCCUGAAAUCUUAGUUCACAUGAAAGAAACCAUUUUUAUUUUUCAUGACAAAUCAACGAUACAUGCAAAAGAGAGACCUAGUAAAACUUGGCUUCUCCCUGGGACUAGCGAGUUACGAUCUAAAAGCUCAGGUCGACUUGUCUUAUCAAAAGACGAAUUGGAGAAAUUGAAAACAAAUAACUCAAACAACCGACUGGAGUCAGAAGACGCGGCCACUAUCAUUUACCCUGGUUCAACUGGAGAUAAAUGGUGGGACAUGGAACAAUUGUGUCACCAAGUCUCACAAAAAGCGAUUCCAAUAUUUGAAUCACUUCACCCGAAUGCUCAGGGUGUCUUUGUGUUUGAUUGCUCAUCAGCCCAUGGCGCUUUUUCACCCUCGGCUUUGAGAGUCCAAAAGAUGAAUCUAGGACAUGGCGGUAAACAGGCACGGCUCAGAGAUACCGUUAUUCCUAGCGAUGAUCCGCUUAUUCCUCUUCAUCUUUGCGGUCAGCCUCAAACACUCUCUUACAACGAUUCACAUCCUGACCCUGAACGAGCUGUACAACAAAAGGGUGUCAAAGCUGUCCUCAAAGAAAGAGGACUUUGGCAGCACUAUACUUGCCAAUCGCAAGAAUCUGGUAAACCAGCUCUAACAUUAUCUUGCAAAACUUGUACAACUUCAAACAUUUGGAAAGAUGCAAUUUCACGUGCCGAACAACUGAUCCAACAGGCGGAAGACUGCGGUUAUUUCUUAUCAAAUGCUCAAUCAAUGUCCGAGAUUGCAGAAACUGAAGCUGCCAUAAAUCAAGAGUCUGAAGAAUCAACAUUGGAUCAAGUUCCAAACAAUGCAGGCAGCAUGUGCUGCUGGUCCAGAAUCCUAUCCCUUCAAUCGGAUUUUGCCAACAAACGACCCCUCUUGCAAACAAUUAUAGAAGAUUGA